AUGUACGGCCGACUGCCGUCAAGAGCAGAGCUCUUGAACAGAAAACUCAAGGACCGCAAAUUCUUCGACUCGGGCGACUACGCUCUCAAGCAAGCCGGUAAAGACACUACACAGGUGGUAGGUUCGGAACAUCCAGUGCCCGAAAUCAUCCCACACCACACAUCCCCACCACAGUCGCGGCACGCCAGUUUCUCGUACGGUUCGGCCACCGCUGCUCAUGACCCUAGCUUGAUGGCUGCUCAUGAACUGGACCUGAAACUGAAAGGCAUCCACCGGUCGUCGAUUGCCUAA